AGGCAAUUCAGCAUUGUUCCAGCGCGACACGACACAACUGUCGACUUCUGUGAAGGAGCGACAGUUACGUAUUUGAGAUGGAGAGGGUGCGGCAAUAUAGUCAAGAGCGAAGUGGAGCGUAGCUGCCUCUUGAGAAUGAAUCUACUGGAAAAGCACUACGCUGCUUGCACCAGAGAAAUCGCGCGGGAGCUGGCGGGCGGUCGGCGUCGUGUUAGCGAGGAAAGCCGGCGCGGCGCUGGGUGCGUGUUGGCAGCGCGGCCGCGAAGACCGCGGGACCGGCCCUCUGUGCCCGUAAGAGCGCGAGCAGGUGCGCGAAAGGAUGCUGAGGAGCUCAACGGGCAGAAAAAAAGCAGAUCAGUGACGUCGCGCAUUCAGAGACCGGCCCGCCCGCCUGGCCCCCCUUCGGAUUCAUUUGCCCCGCCGUCGCUGAUGGGGGUGCUUGUGUGGCGCCCGCCCCGGGCCGCGAUUGGUUUCGCUGUUUGGCCCGGGUUCGUCCGGUUCGGCCAUUUCCUCGGCAUUUGGCUGCGCAGAUUUUGGCAGGCCCCCGCAGCUUGUUUGCCUGCCCCAGAAAGUUGCGCCGGGUGGCGCGCUGCGUGGGUGUUUGCCUUUGCGGCGCCUGCCCGCCCGGCUGCUUGCGCGGCGGCCGCCCUGCGCGUGCAGGCCCUGUGUUGGUGGUUGCCGGUUGUACACCUCGAGCGCGGCGCCCCCAGAGGGCCGCUGCCCCACUCAUCUGCCGGUAGGCGCCGACGAUCGAGCGACGGGUGGCAAUUUGCCUGGUUCGUGUGUUUCAUUUUUCGGGAAACCCGGAGUCGAAAUGGGCAGAGCAAGCGUCUUCCGGUUGAAGAGCGGCUGUGCUACAGCAUGGGAGACAGAAGCCUGGUUUAUUCAGUACUCUCUGCUACUGGAAAUGCAGCAGCUGCUGUCCAAGCGGAGUUUGUUUGAAGGCGCAAGCCAUCAAUUGCAAUAAAAGGCGCUUGCUUAUGUUUAUGAAGGGCAGGAAGAU